AUGUCGAUCGAUAAAAAACUCAGCAGUGAAAAAAAGAAACAUAUAGAGGCCGACUAUGAUCUAACUUUAGCUGAUGAGGUGACCCAGCAGAUGAAGACAUAUGUAAGAUCGACCACUACCAGAGUUACCAAAAGAUUUUUGGACAGCUGUGAAACAAGCUCGCCGAAACGGUCAACAAGGACAAAGUGGAACAUCGAAGGUGACGAAAGUAAGACACAGACGUACCAAGAAUUAAUCGAAGAUGUCGGGAAUAAUCCGUUUUUAGUAACCGAACACAUCAAGGAAGAUGAAGGCACCAACACAUCUGCAAGCAUGUUGAAUAUAUCAAAUAUUUUGAACGAUUCAGAAAGUAAUGAAGUGGGGGACUCACCAACAUCUACAGUUCUUACGACUCCUUACAGUUAUAAGGACAAGGGUAUAUUAAAUCUAGAUAGUUCCGAAUUACAAGAAGGAUGGUACAACAGCAACAUUGUUGCGCCAUUCUUCGACGAUUGCUUAGCUUCACUCAAUGAUUGUAUCCUCCGGCGGUAUGUUCAAAAUAGAAUCUGCUGUGUUAUCUUGUGUUGUAUUCAACCAAUUUUGUUCUUGUAUAAAUAG